AUGGCACCGCCUGCACGCGCCGGAUUAUCACUAGUGCAAAGGAACCAAACUCACCAUUUCGCCCCUCAACAUGCUGGAAAGCUCACGCGUCAACAUGGAAGUGCGAAUUUACUAAGGGAUACUAAACGUGGAAUCAAGGAAACCAAACCCAAUAAGCCGUCUACGGUCAAUGCAGCGCCCGCCUUCCCACGCUCUCGAUCUUUUGCACCAGCUGCGAAUUCGAACUUUGAAGUUUAUUGCGACGAUGAUAAUGAUGAGAACAAUAUCAUACAUCAACUUGAGAAGAAAUGCCGUGAAGAGGAAUACAAUAAACAAGAACAGAAGCCAAGUGUAGCAGCCCCAGCGCGUAAGCCAUUAGGAGAUCUUCCCAUUUCAUCUCUAGACUUCAACUCCGAUGAAGAUGUAAGUCACAUUUCAUAUUUUGUGAAGGAAUUUAUUCGUGUAGAGGCACUUUUUUACUUUUUCCUGCGAGCACUUAACGGCAGUGUCCGGGAAAAAAGUCGAAUUUGAGA